GAUUUUAUUUAGACAACGAUCAGGAAAACGAUGCUGUCUGCAACGCUAUCUGCUCGUCUAGGCACUCUUGCUGGCCGCAGGGCUCAAACAUGUCUUGUUCGUAUCGCUCAGUGUACUGCCCCUCGACUCCUCUCGACCAACGCUCUAAGACCCGCCCCAGUUCGCGGCAAUGCAUUCCCCGUCGCACACCGCAACAAACAACAGAAGAGAACCAUGUUCAUACAGACAGAGUCAACACCAAAUGCCGGAUCGUUAAAGUUCAAACCCGGCGUCCCUGUUCUUCAAAACGCGACUGCCGAGUUCGUCUCGGCUCGUGAUUCCUUGGCAUCUCCUCUAGCAGCUGCACUGUUUCGGAUAGACGGCGUCCAAUCAGUCUUUUUUGGACCGGACUUUAUCACGAUAACCAAAGACCCAGACGCCAACUGGCAGCUAAUGAGGCCAGAGAUUUAUGGAAGCAUCAUGGACUUUUAUGCAUCAGGACAACCAAUUAUGCGAGAAGACGGGGGGAAUGGAUUAUUACGAGGAGAUACAGAAAUUCUCCCUGAAGAUUCCGAGACCGUUGCGAUGAUUAAGGAACUUUUGGACACCAGAAUCAGGCCCACAAUUCAGGAUGAUGGUGGAGAUAUUGAAUACAAGGGAUUUGAAAAUGGUAUUGUGAAGCUGAAGCUCCAGGGAAGCUGCAGAACUUGUGAUUCUUCUGUAGUCACUUUGAAGAACGGAAUCGAAAACAUGUUGAUGCAUUAUAUUCCAGAGGUACAGGGUGUUGAACAGGUACUGGACGAACACGAGGCCGUUGCCCAAGAGGAAUUCAAAAAGUUUGAACGAUCGCUUGAACAACAUCAAUUGGGGGGAAGCUGAUGGGCUCUAUGAAUCUACACUGCAUACAAUGUAUCUUUUAUAACUGUGACAACUCGAAUCCAUUGCAUUUUACCA